GCCUGCUGGGCUUUCUGCAGCUGGGGGAUUGGUAUGGGGAGAGCUUGCGAGGGCGAGUGUGUGUGUGUCGGGGAGGGCGGAGGUGAUGGUGCGGGUGGAAGUUGCCUGGCGUGUUCAGGUGAGAAUGUCUGUAUUUGAGGGCUCUGAAUGAGUUCUGGGCCGGCUGUCCAGAGCUCCCAGCAUGUCCCCAGCUGGGGAUGAACUGCAGUGCGUGUGUGUGUGUGUGUGUGUGUGUGUGUGUGUGUGUGUGUGAGACAGAGAGAGCGAGAGAGAGAGAAUGACGAGGAGGAGGAGGGAAGUGAGAUGGCGGAGACGAAAACUGCUUAAAUGAUUUUUAAAGGUGGUGAUUGUUGCUUUCUGCUAUUUGGUUAGCAACUCCUGUCAUUUUGCAGCCUUGCUAAGAUCUGACAAGAGUGCUUAGGUAACUUUAUUCUUCCCGGAUGUGUGCAGUGGGAAACUGCCUUAUGCAGUGACACAGUGCGGAUUUCUAGGCAGUGUAGCCCUGGCUUGUAGAGUGCGUUGGAGGCCUAUGUAUGAGUGGUGGCAGAAACUAGCCGAUUAUGUCUGUAGUGCAGGAUCCGUUUAAUCAGUGGAGAGAGAAAGAUGAAGUCGAUGAAUUCAUUGCUUCCAUGGUGAUUACACUUCUAAAGAUCUUGAUUCACAGUGAAGCAACCCACUGGAGUGAGCAUUGCUGCAUUUGGAGAGUCAGAUGCCAUUUUGGGCCGCGAUGGGCCUCAUGGAACAUUGGUGUGUUCAUCUGCAUUCGAUGUGCUGGAAUCCACAGGAAUCUGGGGGUGCACAUAUCCAGGGUAAAGUCAGUUAACCUCGACCAGUGGACUCAAGAACAGAUUCAGUGCAUGCAAGAGAUGGGAAAUGGAAAGGCAAACCGACUUUAUGAAGCCUAUCUUCCUGAGACCUUUCGGCGACCUCAGAUAGACCCAGCCGUCGAAGGAUUUAUUCGAGACAAAUAUGAGAAGAAGAAAUACAUGGACCGAAGUCUGGACAUCAAUGCCUUUAGGAAAGAAAAAGAUGACAAGUGGAAAAGAGGAAGCGAACCAGUUCCAGAAAAAAAAUUGGAACCUGUUGUUUUCGAGAAGGUGAAAAUGCCACAGAAAAAAGAAGACCCACAGCUACCUCGGAAAAGCUCCCCGAAAUCCACAGCGCCUGUCAUGGAUUUGUUGGGCCUUGAUGCUCCUGUGGCCUGCUCCAUUGCAAAUAGUAAGACCAGCAAUACCCUAGAGAAGGAUUUAGAUCUGUUGGCCUCUGUUCCAUCCCCUUCUUCAGGUUCCAGAAAGGUUGUAGGUUCCAUGCCAACUGCAGGGAGUGCCGGCUCUGUUCCUGAAAACCUGAACCUGUUUCCAGAGCCAGGGAGCAAAUCAGAAGACAUAGGCAAGAAACAGCUCUCUAAAGACUCCAUUCUUUCACUGUAUGGAUCCCAGACGCCUCAAAUGCCUACUCAAGCAAUGUUCAUGGCUCCCGCUCAGAUGGCAUAUCCCGCAGCCUACCCCAGUUUCCCCGGGGUUACACCUCCUAACAGCAUAAUGGGGAGCAUGAUGCCUCCACCAGUAGGCAUGGUUGCUCAGCCAGGAGCUUCUGGGAUGGUUGCCCCCAUGGCCAUGCCUGCAGGCUAUAUGGGUAGCAUGCAGGCAUCAAUGAUGGGUGUGCCGAAUGGAAUGAUGACCACCCAGCAGGCUGGCUACAUGGCAGGCAUGGCAGCUAUGCCCCAGACUGUGUAUGGGGUCCAGCCAGCUCAGCAGCUGCAGUGGAACCUUACUCAGAUGACCCAGCAGAUGGCUGGGAUGAACUUCUAUGGAGCCAAUGGCAUGAUGAACUAUGGACAGUCAAUGAGCGGCGGCAAUGGACAGGCAGCAAAUCAGACUCUCAGUCCUCAGAUGUGGAAAUAAAAACAAAACACCUGUAUGGCUGCCGUUCUCUUCAGCCCUGGCUCUCCCCUUUCCACAGCCUCCACCCCUGACCCCCAUCCUCUUUUCCUACCUCUCUGUUUGGUUUAGAAAUUGCUCAAUAAGUCAUUUGGGAUUUGGCAUCCUGCCCAGCCACUUCCCAAACAUGAAGACCUCUCUGUUGCUUUAUGUUGUACAUGCCCCAUAGCCAUCCCAACGUCCUCCCCAGUCCUCUCUUGGCACCAGCACCUUCGAAGUUGUUGGCAGAAGGCACUUAAACUGUGGGAGAAAUGUGCACACCCUUCAGUCCCUUCCCUCAAGGUUAAAGCUCCUGUGAGACUCUCAGAAAGGUCUGUAGGUGUUGUGUAUUAGGCAGCAGGGGAAAGCUUAGAGGUCCUUCUACAUGUGUUAAUAAGCUGUUUCUAAGUGUUUGAAUUUUAAGAGGAAGCAUCAUGUUCUCAUGAUUUAUGGGAAUGAAGCAAGUACUGAAAUCAAAUUAAAUACUCCCUGGGUCCUGGGUCAGUUUGACCCUAGCCCUGGGGUGAGGCAAGCCCCCUCCUAUGAGGAUGAGCAAAAAUACUACUCUCUUUGCCCUGAGUUGCUUUCCGGAUCUGGGGCUUCAGGACUUGCUGCUUGGGUCAGCCUUUAUUAGCACCAAAGACUUUAUGAAGAUUCCACACACAGACACACAUCCCUUCCCGCCUCCCACCUGCCUUCAGUAGGAUCUGGCUCCAUGGCUGGAGGACCAACCCCUACAGUGGGAAUGCAGAGCUUAACGUGUACUGCUUGUGUGUGCGCGUGAGUGUGUGUGUGUGUGUGUAUGGGUGUGUGUUCCGCCUCCCACCCUCUCCCCAUCUGCUCUGGGUAUUUUUGUUUUCGUUUAGUUUUAGGUUUACAACAGAGAGGAGUUAAUUUAUCAGCAGCCUAAAACUGUUGUGUUUUUCUUAUGGUUUAAAAAAACGCCAUGUCAUUGAUAACUCCCUUUCUCCCUUCCCCUCUCCCAGUCUGCUGAUCACUCUUUCACGCCUGUGUAUCCAGGGUGCUCUGUUUCCCCACCGUUCCCAGGUGUACGAGGCAGAGGGCCGGGACAGCUUUCCUCUCAGUCACUGUUCACCCCACUUGAAAAUUCAGACAAGAAAACUUUGCUUAAAAGAUUUCGUGUGUGGGAACCACAGUUCCUGGCUGCCUUUCUCCUGUGUAUGUGUAAAUUCCUUAAUAAAUAUUGCAGGGAAGGAC